GUGCCUAUCGCCCUGAGGAUUGAGGACAGUUACGCAUUACUCAAGGGUCGAGCAUGGCAGCUAAGCAGGGGGCAUGUCGGCAUAAAGUGUCACCACCCGGGCAGCGCGCCCGCGCGCGGAUGCAGCGAAAGGCAGCAGAGGCGAGAGAGGCAGCAGAGGAGAGUAGGAAUAAACUGCAAGACUGAAAGAGACAGCUGAUGGAGAGGGCGGAGGAUGGAUCCCUGUCUGGCGUGGUCACCCUGCAGAGCGCCUGACGCCGGCCUGACGUUUGCUCGACAACCACUCCCCACGCAGCUCGUCUCUCUCGUCGUCUCUCGUGUCGUCUCCUGCUGCUCCCAAUCACUGCAGUACUCUCAUAACUUGUUCUCGUAUUGUCCUGUUACUCUCCUUCGCUCCUCCCUACACGCUCCACGAUUGUGCUUGAGCCUCGGUUGUAUAUUCCAUACACCGCAGUUACAUCGCUCUGGACCCCCUCUCCUCCUCCCCUCCCGCCGCGGCUCAUUCGCACCCACAGUCCUUACUCGAUCCUGUCCUCCUGCAUCUCGACUCCUCUCUCUCUCAUCCUUUCCAUCCAUCCCCAUCCUCCCCCUCCCCCUCCUCCCCCUCUCUCUCCUCUCUCCCUCAUACCCCGCAUCCUCCUCCUCCUCCCUUCUUGUCAUUGCUCUACUACUCUCUAAUUCCAUUCAUCGACCUGCACUCGCCUCCCAACACACCUAUCCCAUCUUCCACCGCGCGUCGCUUGUGUCCCUCACCUUGUCCUCUUCAACCCCCGUCACGCUCACGCUCACCUCAUCACCCACCCCCGCACCGGAAUUGUCACCACCCCGACACGCGCCCUGUUGAUCGCACACAACACAGACGCGCACACUCUCGGGAGUAAUCGAUAUUGCUCCAAACACACACUCGAUCCUCCUCCUUCGUCCUUCACUCUCACCACAUCUCUUGUCUCUCCUCGGCCUUGCCUAACACUACCUACUCAAACUCGAGAGCCUUACUCCACUCGACACACUUGGUCUCCUGUCUUCGUCACCGCGAUAACUUUGAGCACAGCGCGCACUGUUCACUGCAUACGCUGGAGUCCACAGCAGUCACCAGCCCAGGUGAACGCGCGUGUUCCACCGCCUUCCCCUUUCCCCCCCUCAACCCCUCAACCACGCGUCAACAAUGGCGACCGCAGUACAACAUCGCCC